AGACUUCAUUACCGUAAACAGAAACAAGUCUUGUCAGUCAUCAAUGAGGAAUUGACCGUUCUCUUCAUAGGCAAUUCCUGAAAGCUUUGCAUAAGCGGAAGGUGUGAAAAAGGCGUCAAAAUGAGAUUCGAUUUGGACGGCCUGGAUGUGUUCUUUCCGUACGAUCGCAUCUACCUUGAGCAGCAUCAGUACAUGCGAGCACUGAAACAGUCGCUGGACGCAGGUGGGCACUGUCUCCUGGAGAUGCCUACGGGAACGGGAAAAACCGUAUGUUUGCUAUCGCUGAUUACUUCCUACCAGUUUGCGAAUCCGUCGGCGGGUAAGCUCGUGUAUUGCACUCGAACCGUUCCGGAAAUGAAUCACGUUAUGGAAGAACUCGCGACAGUUUUAGCGUACCGGUCGCAAGAACUACAACGGCACCAGGAAGAAAACAUCUUGCCAAUGGACACUGACGGGGAUAUUGAAAACGUUCCGGUUGCGGGCACAUUGUGUUUAAGCAGUCGACGGAAUAUGUGUGUUCACGAGCGAGUCAUGGCCGAAAGCGAUCGGGAAGCCGUCGAUGCGGCUUGCCGAAGUCUAACGGCGAGCUGGGUUUUGGAAGAAGCACAGAAGCGUCCGGGCUCGAUCGAAACCUGCAGCUAUUAUGAUAAUUUUCAUGCUGCAGGCGAGUCCACUUCAAUGCCCAGUGGCGUGUACGAUUUGGAAGAGCUGCAGAAGUGGGGCAAGCGGCGUGGAUGGUGUCCAUAUUAUCUGACUCGGCAAGCCAUUAAUCACGCCAAUAUACUCGUAUUCAACUAUCAGUACAUGCUUGAUCCAAAAGUUGCCAAAAUGGUUUCGAAAGAACUCGAAGCCGAAAGUAUCGUGGUGUUUGACGAAGCCCACAACAUUGAUAGUGUAUGCAUUGAAGCGUUAUCAGUGACCAUCAACGACCGAGGAUUGGAACAAGCUACACGUUCUCUUGGACGCUUGUCAUCAGAAGUGUCUCGCCUGAAAGCAUCUGACAAUCAAAGGUUGCAGACCGAGUACCAAAAUCUCGUCAACGGCUUGAUUGACCAAGGAUUACUGGAUGCGCCGGCGAAUGAUGCUGGACUCACAAGCAAUGUGCUCAAUCCUGAUGUUUUGAAUGAAGCCGUACCCGGCAACAUUCGUCGAGCCGAACACUUUAUAGGAUUUAUGAAAAAAGUCGUGGAGCAUUUGAAAGCUAGGCUGCGUUCCGUUGCAGGGCCGAAUGGAGGUGUGCGGAGUGAAACGCCGCUAGCAUUCUUACAUCGCAUGACAAAUGGUACCAGUCUGGAAGCCAAGCCUUUGCGGUUUGCCUAUUCCCGGCUAUCGUCCUUGCUACGCACCCUGCAAGUUUCGAAUCUGGACGAUUUUAAUUCACUGACAGACGUUGCGGACUUUUCAAGUCUACUUGCUGCUUACAGUGAAGGAGUCGCCAAGUUUGCUAUUAUCAUGGAGCCGAACGGGUCCUCCAUUCCAGGGGCUACGGACCCUGUAAUUCAACUUGUUUGUUUGGAUUCGUCACUGGCUAUUGCACCUCUUUUCAAGCGAUUCGGGAGCGUGAUCAUCACAUCGGGAACACUGUCACCCAUUGAUCUCUAUCCCAAACUGUUGCAGUUUGAACCUUGUGUCUCCGAGUCGCUGUCCAUGUCUACGUUCCGUCCAUGUAUUCGCCCACUGGUGAUCACGAAAGGAUCGGAUCAGCUGGCGGUAUCUACAAAGUACGAAGACCGAGGUGACAUGGGUGUCAUUCGAAAUUAUGGAACCAUGUUGGUCGAACUGUGCAGUACCAUCCCUGAUGGCGUGGUUGCUUUCUUCACAUCGUACAGUUAUAUGGAAUCCCUGAUCAGUGAGUGGGAUGCGAUCGGAAUUCUACGAGAGUUGACCAAAUCGAAGCUUGUUUUUAUAGAAACCAAAGAUGUGGUCGAAACCACCUUAGCUUUGGACAAUUACCGCAGAGCCUGUGAUUGUGGGCGGGGCGCCGUUUUUCUAUCAGUAGCACGGGGAAAAGUAUCGGAAGGUAUCAACUUUGAUCGACAUUACGGACGAGCUGUGAUUAUGUUUGGUGUUCCCUUUCAGUACACUCUUUCGCAUACCCUCAGAGCUAGACUGGAGUAUCUUCAGACACACUACCAGAUUCGUGAACAAGACUUUCUAAAUUUUGACGCCAUUCGCCAAGCUUCACAGUGUGUUGGUCGUGUCAUUCGAAGUAAGACCGACUAUGGGCUGAUGAUCUUUGCAGACAGUCGAUAUAAUCGCCAUGACAAACGAUCGAAAUUGCCUAAAUGGAUCCAACAAUUCAUGUCCGAUCAUUUUUUGAAUUUGAGCACAGACAUGGCGCUUUCGCAUGUCAAGCAAUUUCUGCGCCUCAUGGGACAACCUAUCGACCAGGAGGCGCUGCAAAGCAAUUUGCCGUCGCUUUCUGUUGUCCCAGAAAAAGAUCGAGCUCAUCCAGAACAAUUACGAUAG